GUGUAAAAAUGGUAAAAUGUCGCUCUCUGUGUAGGAGUUUGGAUAAUGAAAUACGACUAGUAAUUCGUGGUCAAACUAACGUUGGUUUAGAAGGCCGACAGGUAAAUAAUAAACAAAUUUGACUGACAUUGUUUACGUCGCUGUUUGUGAUGUUACUCUGAGUGUGUAUCCACACCGGGCAAGCUUGAAAAAUAUGCUUGGCCACAACACCAACACAAAAAAUCAUGAUUAUUAGAUUACAUUAAUGUCGAAGGAACUAGACUCGGUUCCGAAAUAUUACAUACUCGAACCGUCCUGACCGCGUAGCUCAGUUGGCAGAGCAUUGGGCUGGUAUCCAAAGGUCCUAGGUUCGAUUCCCACCGUGGCCAUGCAGAUAUAGUUUUCAAGCUUGCCCGGCGUGAAUACACACUCAGAGUAACACCACAAACAUCAUAUUCACUUGAGUACACAACACCAACACAAAAAAAUUGUUUACGUCGUUGCAACCAAUUCUCAAACUCAUUAAUAAUUUAUGAGUAAAUUAGCCAACCAUGCAUAUUGGCUUUAUUUUGCUCACAUGAUAUAAUACUGGAUGCCUGAUGAAGUAUAUUGAUCCUGACCUAGGACUGGAUCAAAAUUAAUUCAGUCCUUGGACUGGAUCAGAAUUAAUUAAGUAGUGAUGUUAUAUGUAAACAACUCGUUUGAGUGUUUCAUCAGGGGAUCCAAACACGAGAAAACUGUAUGAAACACGAGCGCGAAGCGCGAGUGUUUUAUUGUUUUCGAGUGUUUGGUCCCCUGAUGAAACACGAGAAACGAGUUGUUUACACAACAUCUCAAACGAAAACAUUUAAUUGGCUUAUAUAUAUUAUUAUAGUAUAUUGUUGUGUUUUGACUUGAAUUUGUAAUUAGGAUCUCAGUUAUUAGAUGAAAACCGUUUUUCAUCUAACAACAGUGAUGGUAUAUGAUUUUUAGCGUGUUUCCUUGCGGUAUCCAACCUCAAUGAUGUGACCAAUUAGGGUGAGUUCAUUCGCUAAUUUGCUCAUGAAUUAUUAAUGAGUUUGAGAUUUAUUCGUACGAGAUGUCAUUUCAAAUCCUCCAAUGGACCUUUCCCCUUAUAACUAAAAUUUCGAUCUAGACAAAAAUUUCAUCACAGCUUGAAAGAGAAUCCCAAAAUUAGUAAUAUUCCAAAGUUUUGUUGCAAAAUCUUGUAAAAUGCGGAUAAUAUAGCCAUGUGAAGUUUGCCGUUUUUCAGUCAUUUUGUAUUACAAACGGGAAAUUGACAUCCGAUUCGGGUGUUGGGUCUCCAAUUUCCCGUUUGUAAUCUAAAAUGACUGAAAAUUGCAAACUUUGCAAGGCUCUAUUUUCCUCAUUUUACAACAUUUCACAACGAAACUUUGGAAUAUUACUAAUUUUGUGAUGCUCUUUCAAGCUGUGAUGAAAUAUUUGUCUAGACUUGCCUAGAUCAAAAUUUUGGUUAUAAGGGGAAAGGUCUAUUCGGACUGGACUAGAUUUCGAGUCCUCCCAUUUUGACCCAGUCCUCGGCUUCGCCUCGGACGUGAUCAAAUUGUGCGGACUUGAAAUCUAGUCCAGUCCUCAUAGUCCUCGGAUUUGAAAUAUUACAUCACAACGUUAGAUAACUCACAUUCCUAGUUACUAGCUUACAGAAUCAUAGAAUAGGACAACGGUGACCAAGAUUGUUUACCAUUUACAUGGAAAACCCAUCCGGUUUGAAAUUGUGCUAAUUACCGGUAAGCAAAAUUUCGGAUAGAAAAUCCCAUUCGGAUUAUGCCGGCGCUUUCCAUUUAGAGUGACUGACCGGAAGGCAGUGAAGUAUUUAAUAAUUCCAAUUGUUAAAUCGAGAAGAGCCUGGAACUGGUGAAAAAAUAAAAAAGAUGUAAAUGGAACAAAAUUUACCGGUUGAAACGUUGCAAUCGGUAAGAGAGGACAACCUUUUCAAACAAACCGUUCAUUCCGGAAAAGUUCCGGUUGGGCCGUCGAAAUAUGCUUGUUCCAUUUACUUUCCGUAUGGAAUCACCGGAAUUUCCAUGUAAAUGGUAAACAACCCAUGCAUUAGAAUUAUGUAUAAGAGUUAUUCAUUCAUGUAGAUAAUUCUAAAGCUUAGUUACCUUUAUUCUAUUCUGUGCUUCUGUAGUUAGAACAAUGAAUGAUAAUGGACCAUUUGCAUUAUAGACUAAAUUUUGAUCUAGACAAAAGUUUCAUCACAGCUUGAAAGAGCAUCACAAAAUUAGUAAUAUUCCAAAGUUUCGUUGCGAAAUGUUGUAAAAUGCGGAUAAUAUAGCCUUGCGAAAUUUGCAAUUUUCAGUCAUUUUGUAUUACAAACGGGAAAUUGAUGCCCCAACACCCGAUUGGGCUGUCAGUUUCCCGUGCGUAUAAUACAAAAUGACUGAAAAACGGCAAACUUCGCAUGGCUAUAUUAUCUGCAUUUUACAACAUUUCGCAACGAAACUUUGGAAUAUUACUAAUUUUGUGAUGCUCUUUCAAGCUGUGAUGAAAUUUUUGUCUAGAUCAAAAUUUAGUCUACAAUGCAAAUGGUCCAUUAGGCAUGUGAAUUAUCUCAAAUUGUGGAUUGGGAGUGAAAUAAUUGAUCUUCUCUCAACCCGUCAGAAUUCAGUAUUUUUAUUGUUUAUGCAAAUACUCAAGUUUGCUGAGCAAAUAGUUCGAGUCCCUUAUGUUAGUUGUGUUUAUAUGUGAUGUUCUAUGUGUUAUAAUGUGUGAUUGCUUUAUUUCUCGCUGCGUUUAUAGGCGUUGGAAGAAGCGCAACAAGCCAUUCAACAGCUGUUUGAAAAGAUUAAUGAUAUUAAAUAUAAAGCCGAAAAGUCAGAACAAAUGGUAAAUUUAGCCGAUUGAUGCAUAGCGUGGUCACAGAAUAGGAAGUUAUAGCAGAAGCGUAACUCUAGUCGUUUCCCUUAUUGUUUGACGUCCACGAAAAUUUUAACUCGCUCACGCCAAUCCACGCCAUCCUGGCUAGUACAGCCGGAAGUUUUUAUCAGGUUUUGGUAGGUACAAAGUGCCGGUUGUACUAGCCAGGAUGGCGUGAUUGAUGACGAAUCGCUUGUAAAAACGCGGACAAAUACUUGCUUGAGUUACGCUUCUGCUAUACCUUCCUAUUCUGUGGCGUGGUUUUGUUUUGUAUGAUUUUAAUCAUAAAAACGGACAAUGGUAUGGUAUGGUAUGAUGUGGAAUGGUAUGGUGUAGUGUUGUAGUAAGGUGUGUUGUGUUGUGGUAAAGUAUGGUAUAUGGUAUGGUGUGGUAGAGUAUGGUAAGGUAUGUUAUGGUAUGAUAUGGUAUGGUAUGGUAUGGUAUGGUGUGGUGUGGUGUGGUGUGGUGUGGUGUGGUAGAGUAUGGUAAGGUAUGGUAUGGUAUGGUGUGAUGUGGAAUGGUAUGGUAUGGUGUAGGGUUGUAGUACGGUGUGUUGUGUUGUGAUAAAGUACGGUAUAUGGUAUGGUGUGGUAGAGUAUGGUAAGGUAUGUUAUGGUAUGAUAUGAUAUGGUAUGGUAUGGUAUGGUGUGGUAGAGUAUGGUAUGGUAUGGUAUGGUAUGAUAUGAUAUGAUAUGAUAUGAUAUGGUAUAAUGUGAUUUCAUAUGGUAUGCUGGUUUGGUAUGGUUUGGAACAAUUUGAAUAUUUUAUAGUUUUUCUAAUGUCUAGGUGAAAGAAAUCACAAGAGACAUCAAACAACUCGAUUAUGCAAAGCGACAUUUAACUCAUUCUAUCACCACUUUAAAUCAUUUACAUAUGUUGGUUGGAGGUGUCGAAAGUUUACAGUAAGUUCAAUACUUGGGGGCAUCUCGUUCUAUAGAACUAAUAGUAGUAGACAGAUUUAGAUCGCGG